AUGAUCAUAACUCUCCAAGAAGGCCUUGCCAGACUCGAUGCCGACCUCGAGAGGCUCAGAGGCAAUCCCCAGAGGCUUGAACAUGAACGCUCCAGGUUCAACAAGACCCCCGAGGGAACGCCGCCUCAAUCCGGCGCAACUACAGUGCUCACUCGCUCACCUCCUCCUGAGCUCGAGGGUGAGGAAGGGGAGUGGGAUCCACCCAAUUUCUCGUGGGCGGCGGCCGUGAACACGAACCGUAAAGCCUCAAGACCAAACCGCAUGAUUAAAAUGCUGGCGGAGAUUGAGAGGGAGCGCUUUAUUUCGCUUGCCCGUAUAUAUGAGGGCCCAGCUGAGUCUGCUCCGCCGGAUGAUCCUUUUGAGAUUGCCGCAAUCAUCAGACUGAAGAUCCGACAACGGUGGAUCGACCAGGGUAUCUGGCACAGUUCCUGGGUCCUCGAUGAACGACGCCACAGCGUCGGAGAAGCCUGGAGGCAUGAGACUGCUUUCAAAGGUGAUCGGAUCGAUGACCCGGAAAAUAAGAAAUCAUCCAUGCAGAGGGCCAUUGAGCGUGACGCAUCUCGCCCUUCAAACCAGUUCCUGUAUGAAGUACGCAGAGAACAGGAAUGGUAUGAGGAGUGCCGCAAAGCCGGAGCGGACAACGUACCUACCACAGAAAGCGAGAUUGAAAGCCGCUCGUAUGACACUGUCGUCCAGCGAUGGAAGCACUACCAUAUCUGGGACCCUAGAUGGGGCCGGCUGCCUGGUGUUAAAUGGAGACACGAAAUGCCACUAUUGGAGGUUAUGAGGCAAAAGCUCGAGGACAACCCUGCGCUUGAUUCCAUGCCGGAUGAGCGGCGGAAAAGCGUUGAUAGCUACCGCGGUGAGCCACAGAGCGAGAUUGUAUUCAAACCGGAGCGCGCAAAAAAGUCCAAGGAACCUACCCCGCGCCGACCUUGCCCAGUUCCGAGGAGACCACAAACGCCGCCGCCGAAAAAGUCCCUUUACACCAAGUACAAGGAAUUUCGGUCAAACCUCCCAACCAAGUUUGGCUUCUACAACACCCGAAAGAUCUCUGAUGAACCAAGGGUUCCGAUCUGGAGAUUGAGUCUUAGGGGAUAUGAGCUUUGCUUCAACCGCACCGAGUUUUAUGACUAA